CAGACUAACGUUAAGCACACCUUUCCUCUUCUCUCCUCAAAACAUCACUACUUUACAUUACAAAAACUCCAAUAUUUUUUGUCACACAUUAAUAUAGCACGGUUCGCACUCAUGGUUUCUACGUCUUCUUCAAGUGUUUUGUCAAUCCUUCUGCUGCCCCUUCUUAUUCUUCUUCUUCUUCUUCCAUCAAUGAUCAUCACGACCUCGGCUAAUCCCUUUCACCAGGACUUUGAAAUUACUUGGGGAGAUGGCCGUGCUAAGAUACUCAACGACGGCGAGCUUCUUACUCUCUCGCUUGACAAAGCUUCUGGUUCAGGAUUCCAGUCCAAGAAUGAAUAUCUAUUUGGAAAGAUCGAUAUGCAGCUCAAGCUUGUCCCCGGAAACUCAGCCGGGACUGUCACUGCCUAUUAUUUAUCUUCAAAAGGAUCGGCUUGGGAUGAGAUAGACUUUGAGUUCUUGGGGAAUCUGAGUGGCGAUCCUUACAUCCUUCACACCAAUGUGUUCAGCCAAGGCAAGGGCAACAGAGAGCAGCAGUUCUAUCUCUGGUUUGACCCAACUGCAGAUUUUCACACCUAUUCCAUCCUUUGGAAUCCCCAGCGCAUUACCUUCUCCGUGGAUGGCACCCCCAUCAGAGAGUUCAAGAACAUGGAGUCGAACGGUGUACCAUUCCCAAAGAACCAACCAAUGAGAAUAUACUCCAGCCUCUGGAAUGCUGAUGACUGGGCCACAAGGGGCGGACUUGUCAAGACAGAUUGGACACAAGCUCCUUUCACUGCUUCCUAUAUGAACUUCAAUGCAGAUGCUUGUGUUUGGUCCUCCGGUUCAUCUUCCUGCGCUUCUACCUCUAGCAGUAAUUCAUGGCUGUCACAAGAGUUGGAUUCAGCCAGUCAGGAGAGGUUGCAAUGGGCGCAGAAGAACUACAUGAUUUACAACUAUUGCAGUGACACAAAGAGGUUUCCCCAAGGCCUCCCUCCAGAAUGCUCCACAUCCUAGACUAAAAAAAUUGUUUAGUAGCCGUGCCAAUUCUUUUAUUUUUUUUAAGAGCCAUUCUUUCAUUCUUUUAAUAUUAUAUAUUUUGAAAGGAAAAACAAAAAAAAACCUCUGAUUGUGGUUGAUCGAUUUUAUUGUAAUAAUAAUAAUAACUAGUAACUA